AUGGAAUCGACACUGGACCAAGAGUUUUAUCUGCGAUACUACACCGGCCACUCGGGGCAACACGGUCACGAGGUACGGCUUAGUGCUGGCCAGUCAUCCAGGUCAAAUGGCAACGCCGCUGACUUCUUCACAACCUACCCUCGUUCGGUGUAUUCCCGAUAGUUCCUCGAAUUCGAAUUCACACACGAUGGAAGGUUACGAUAUGCCAACAACUCAAAGUACGUUCGCUGGGGCCUAGCACGACCGUGUCCCCCACGAACCCUCAUCGUGUGUCUGACCCCCCCGUUUACCAUCUCUUCUCCCACUCAACAGCUACCGAAGAGAGAGUUUGAUCCGAAAAGAAUGUUGGUGUAAUCGCAACUCGGAUCUACUGUCCGCUCAACGAAUGAACAGCACCGAGCUUAGGCUGACCUGACGCUCUCUCCCCUGUGCUCUUGGAUUCACUCUAUACGACGAUACGAGUAUAGUAUGGCUCUCGCAAUCGUCCAUGCUCGAACUGCAACGCAUCAUAUCCCAAUCCGGCAUCAUCAAGUACGUUCAAAUCGCCUCGCGGAACAAGCAUCAACCUUGCUCCCAGCACCUCCCCUUCAAAAUCCUCCUCACGCCCUCAACUAACCAUCUCUGUGCUUCACGUCCGCCAGGGAGAACGACACCGCGUGGCCCAAGAAGAACGUCGUCGGUAAACAAGAACUGGAGCUCAAGUUCGGCCGCGUGCACGCCUCGUUCGAAACGGCCAAGAUCGGGUCCUUGGUCGACGUGCAGCAAUCCGACGAUCCGGAAGGCUUGAGGGUGUUUUACUACCUUGUUCAGGACCUCAAAGUAGGUUCAACUCAAUUCAUAAGGGCGAACUGGUUCGAGAUUGGGGGAGACGUCGGGUUCGGAACGCCUUGGUUAGGAGAAAUGUGCUGACCCUUACUCGUUCUCCGACAGAUCUUCGUCUUCUCCCUCAUCACGCUGCACUACAAGAUCAAGCCGGUAGGUCCCCCAGAGAACAUACCAACUACUGCCUCGGUGCACUUGAAUACUCACACCACCUGUCGCAUUCAUCAGACACAAUGA